GAAUCUCCACCUCCCAAGACUCUUCUUACUUAUAUUAAAAGGUCAUUUCAAGAAUUUGUCUUUGCAUUUGCCAACUUUCCCAUUAUAAAUUACAUUAACUCUGUAUCAUUCAAGUAUUAGCUACAGAUGGACACAUCAGAGUGGAGCUCGAACCUCGCGGUGAGAAACAAGGAGCCCGUAGUCACCGUGAGAGAGAUUCUCCAAGAUUCGGAUGUCGACGACCAAAUUAUAGAACCAUGCUCCUCCCACAGCCCUCGUAAACGCAAUCAUUACGAGGUGGAGAGAAACUCGAUUAUUACUCCAUCGAUCCGAAAACCAAGCAACGAGAAGGAACAAGUAUCGCCAGCAAAGCGCCAACGCAAUGCUAAAGGCUUGGAAUCAAUUUGCCUACAGGCAGAGCACAAUGGCAAGAGUCGAGGAACUGUUUUCAUGGAAAGAGAGAUUGCUAUAGCAAAGAAAGGUAAUGAAAGAAUUCCUGAUACGCCCAAUAUUGGGAAGCGAAUCGGGGGAUUAAGAGCGAUGCUGUUGGGGCCGGAACCGCAAUCAUCACUCCCAUCUGACCGUAAUGGACCGGAGUCUUCUGGUACCAAGGAAACAACGCCCAUAGACACAAAGAUGCACCCCGUGGAUAUCCUCAGUCCCGCACUAGGACAUCCUAGCUCUGCGCAACAUGAAAACUCCAGAUUAGAUUGUAUUUCUAGUAGCUCCAAAUCUCGUCAUUAUAAAUACCACAAUCUCAAGAGCAACUACGAGAAUAAUCCACACAACACUCCCGAAGCUCAAACCCCCAAGGAAAGCAGCGACAAGUACGAAUAUAAGCUUAAUAACACUAAACCCAACCAAGAUUGCGAACAAAUCAGCAAAACCUUUGAAUCUCUCUUCCCCAUAGUCGAAGAUUGGAUCGAGCAGCAAAAGUCUCAAUUCGAUACUCUUACUGAAAAAAUCAAUAAAACUUUCAGCUUGAUACAACAAGGUGAACGGCUGCUACAGAACGUCAUGGAUACCGAAAACGCUUCUCGAUUGGAGCUCCUGAUCGACAAGAUCACUCAUUUACUCGCAGAAGAUUUAAUGACUGAUGUUCCCAGCUCUGCAGCACCCAGUUCUUCACCAGAGAGAGACUCCGUCGCCCAACUUACAAAAGUUUAUUUGCCAACCGACCCUCCCCAGACUUUGGAAGAACUUCAACAAUUAGCCAACAUGAGAUCACACGCGGGCGUAAGUUUGAGUGAAAAAGAAGCAGAGUUUAUGUCGGCCAUUGCGUAUCUCGGCGCUAAACAAACGAAGCUCAAGGAGGAAUGGAACAUGCUCAACUUAAGAGAAGACAAGAACGAUCUCGAAUUUAUGUUCGAGAUGAAUUGCCGUGAGCGAGCAGAGGUUUUGGAGGGGGUUUGGGAUUUGAAGAAAAAAAUUGCGGAGUUCUACAUGUUUAGAAGAUAAGUGAAUUGUGACAUGCGUCAGAACGAUGUAAAGCUGGAGCUAUUAGGCUCAUUGAUAUUAGAGUUGUAAGGUGGGACUCCUAUUACUGUAACAUCGUUAUCUUCGACUCUGCAAGGUAUGCACCUGUCUCUUGAAUUCUUUCCAUUUUUUUAUCCAAUCGGGGAAGGGCGUGCAAUGGCCAGCUAGAGAAGCUAGUUGUCACAUAUCAUGAAUAGAAGCUCAACA